AUGUUUUCAAGCAUUAAAAACGCACAAAAAAUUAGAAAAUGCGUUGAACAUGGUGAAACUUUACAAGAUAUUUUUUCAAAAGACAAAUUUAUUGAUGUUCCUCUAAAAAAGUUUAAUGAAAUGGCAAUUGGUUUCAAAAUACCAGUAUGGGAAAGUAAAGAAUUUAUAAAAGAUUUUAACUUGGUAACAUUUAAUAUUGAGGGAACAGAGAAAACAAAUAUUUUUCAUAAAUAA